CUAGGACAUCUUUCGCCGCUACAGUCUUCGGUUUACCACGAGGUAUCAUUCACGUUCUAGGUAGCUUAACUGCGUCACCAUGACAGUUGCUCGUUUUCAUAAGAACAAAAUUAUAAAAUAGUUUUAUACAAUUUUAAAAGAAAAUUUCUUCAAAUUAUUAAAAUAUUUAUACUGUGAAUAAGUGCAUAAUUAGACGACAGUAGGAUUAAGUGAUCAAUUGUAUUUUUUAAAUAAUUUCGCUAACGUGUCUGCUGCUGAUAUGCUUAAGCCACUAGUAUUACAAAUAAUCAACUCUUUGAUUUUAGCUGCGGUGAUAGUUGCGGGCGUUCAUUGUUCGGACCAUGAAUUCAAUGAAGAUGAGCAUCAAUACCAACAAAUGAUAAACACCCAUGAAGAUGAACUGGAAUCGCAUUCUCAUUUAUCCUUGUUAAAGGGAAACAACGAUGGUGAAUUUGGUGCUCGGGCCCAAAUUAGCGAAGAUCCUCAAGGCCGGAAACAUGCACAUGCUGUAGCGGUCUGUGACUGUAAUGGUCAAGGAUCAUGGAAACCUUUGUUCAGAGCAUCGCAAUUACUUAAAACAGAGUUUCCAGAUCAUAGUGCACUUCAUGAAGAAGUAAAUUCACAUUUUCGACAAGGUAUUAGCGAUCAAAUAGAUAACCACCUACAAGAAGCUAGAGGACUAACUAAUAGACAUAAUCAUAUGAUCCAUUUACAUCUUAUUCCACACAUAUAUGUGCCGGUUAUGCAUCAGACUGGAUUUACGUCUUCUAUUUCUGAGGCCAAACUCGUUGAUAAUCACAGUGUUCUCGACGAUUCUUCGGCAUCUUUAAUAAAUCACGAUUCAUCCUCAGAGUUUCCUCAAACGGAUUCUAUUGAGAGUAAUAGUGUUGGUCAAAAAGGUAGCACAACAAGUAGUGAAGAACAUGUUUCUACUGAACCCGAGCAUUCAAAUAACUUAAACACACAUUCAGGCGAAUCGUUUUAUUCUACUAUCAAUGAAGAGGCAUUAGCUCAACAAGCUUUACAAGAAAAUUUUGACAAAAAUAUUGUAAGUGAAUCUACUGAUAAUAAUUUUGAGUUGUCGUCAAAUGCCAAAACAGAAGUACCUCAUCAAUACCAGGUACACGAAUCAGAAGAUCUAUCAAAUGAUUAUAGUAGUAAAAAACAAGUAGUGAGUCAGUCGUCUACUUUGAUGCCAAAUAAAUCUUUUCCAAGACACCGAAAGUCAACACCUAAGCCAAAUAGAUCUAAAUAUGGACGGAAACUUACUGACAGACAGGAUUUGAGAAAUUUAUUAGUAAUGAGGCCUCCGCCCUUGGGUCAGUUGCAAACUUGGAAAUAUGUAUUUCCUCCACAAAAACCUUCACCACGCCAUCAGUUCUAUAAGAGAACUCAACCAAUGAUGCCAAUUUUAAAAAAAAGAACACUACCAGUUAUACUGCAUAUCCGUCAGAGGCAAAAUUAACGUUGAAAUAAAUAUAUGGCGAAAUUCUAAAUUACCGGAAAAUUUAAACACUGCAUUUUUACCUAUUGUAUUAUUAUGUUUAAACAAGAAACAAAAUUGAUGUCAUAGCAAAAUUCCUGGUCUAGAAUUUUGAUUUGGUUCAUUGAUUCCAUCGUAGUUAUAUUUUAUUGUUAGAGUAAAUUAUAUUAUUAAAAUUAGAAUAAAAUUAAUAGCGAUGUAUUAAAAUUUUUAUGUACAUAAUGUUAAUUUUAGUUGUACUCAUUUUUAGUUUUAAUGUUUUUAAAACAUUUUUAAUUAUCUUACAUAUGUUACAGAUAUUGAUGAGAUCGAAUUUUUUAAAAAUUAUUAAUUUAUGUUAUU